AUGGUUUUUGUGGUCUCUGAGGCCCGAAAGGUGCGCAAGUACAAGAGCAUGAUCCUGGAAGACUUGGAGUCAGCGCUGCUGGAGCACGCACCUGCGCCGCAGGAGGUUAACUCCGAGCUGCCCCCUCUCACCAUCGACGGGAUUCCGGUCUCGGUGGAUAAAAUGACCCAGGUAGAAAAUGUCAAGCUGCUAGAUCGUUAUACCAACAAGAAAGCAGCAAAUGGGACACUGUAUUUGACGGCUACUCAUCUGAUCUAUGUAGAUACCUCAACUGACAUUCGAAAAGAGACAUGGGUCCUCCACCACCACAUAGCUACUGUGGAGAAACUACCACUGAAUGCGUCUGGCUGCCAGCUGCAAAUUCGUUGCAAGAAUUUCCGUGUAGCUUGCUUUCUGAUGGUGCAAGAACGAGAUUGCCACGAAGUCUAUACCUCUUUGCUGAAGCUCUCACAACCAGUAAAACCUGAAGAACUUUACGCCUUCUCUUACAACCCCAAAACGCCUGAAGGCAGUCGAGAAACAGGCUGGAAGUCAAUAGACGUCAAAGCAGAUUACCUGCGGAUGGGCAUUGACAACAGCUCUUGGGAAAUUAGCAAUGUCAACAAGGAUUACGAGGUUUGCAGCACCUAUUCUUGGGAACUAGUCCUGCCUAAAGUGGCUACUAAAGCAAUGAUCUUGGGAAGUGCGAAGUUUCGAAGCCGAGGUCGGAUACCUGUGCUUUCCUACUUCUACAAAGAGAAUAAUGCCGCCAUCUGCAGAUGCAGCCAACCUUUGUCUGGAUUUAGCACUCGCUGCCUGGAAGAUGAACAGAUGCUGCAGGCGAUUAGGGAAGCCAAAGCAGGGAGCCAGUUCAUGUACGUCGUAGACACAAGGCCAAAGUUGAAUGCCAUGGCCAACCGAGCUGCUGGAAAGGGCUACGAGAAUGUGGAUAAUUACGAAUGCAUCCGUUUUAAAUUCAUCGGUAUUGAAAACAUCCACGUGAUGAGGAACAGCCUGCAGAAACUCCUAGAAGUGUGUGAAGCAAAGUCUCCUUCAAUGAGCGACUUCCUUACAGGACUCGAAAACUCAGGCUGGUUGCGACACAUUAAAGCUGUGAUGGAUGCUGGAGUCUUCCUCGCGAAG